UCCAGAUACUUAGGGACCUCAAACCGCAUAAUACCGUUUCAUUUUUUCUUCAAGAAAGUUAAAACACCAUACUUUUUAGAAGUCACUAAGAAUAUCUCAGAAGUUAUCCUAUCCAGUACUGCAUCAAACAUUUAUCAUUUCUGUUCAUUUAGAUGUCACUAAUAAUAUAUUACAAGCUAUCAUUUCAAUUUGAAGAAAAACAACAUAAUAGAUGAGAAAGAAGUGCUCACCGGGUGACGGCCGCCUGCUCGUGCGGCGGAAGCCGAGAAACGAGGGAGGAGAACUGAUCCUGAGAAGGAUUCCACUGAGAGAUGUCGAUCAACCAUCUCCGCACUCCAUCCUCCAUUCGCCCACCGCACCCAAAAAUAAAAAAGAGAGAAAGAAAACGCUCGAAGACAAACCCUAGAAGAGAGAGAGCUCUCAAAUUCCCCCCAAUUGCCGGCCAAGGUGAGAGCUUUAUUUAUUUAUUUUAUUUUCGGUGAAUCACGGUAUGCUGCACCUCCAAACAAUCCCAGAUAAGUCGUUUCUCGUUUCCUGUGGACCGUUAUUUUGCAUUGGACAACUGGAAGCCCAGCUAAUUCCAAGCAUCCGCGGAGCGUGAUAAUACCGCCGGCGAUUUUUUAGAGGCUAGGGUUUCUGAUUUGUCGAAACCCUAAUCGGGAGAUUGCAAAUUUGUCCCGAUGCUGGGGAGAGCGCUUCGGAGAUAUGGGAGGAAGGUCGCCGGCGCCGGUGUUCUCGGAGGCACGAGAUUGAUGGGUUUUGCCGGAGGAUUGGAGGGGAUUCCGAGGGAGACAGCGGACGUUGUGGUUAUCGGGGCCGGGGUGGUGGGGAUCGCGGUGGCGAGAGAAUUUGCGUUGAAGGGGAGAGAUGUUUUGGUGGUGGAGGCCGCCUCUACGUUUGGGACUGGUACUAGUUCUCGGAAUAGUGAGGUGAUUCAUGCCGGGAUCUACUACCCUCCCAAAAGCCUGAAAGCAAGUCUUUGCGUAAAAGGAAAGGAAUUGCUUUACAAGUAUUGCUUUGAUCGGAGAAUCCCCCAUAAACAGACUGGCAAACUUAUAGUUGCCACUAGUGUUGCAGAAGUUCGAAAGUUGGAAGAUUUGUUGAGACGGGGGACAGAGAAUAGGGUUGAAGAUCUGCGCAUGAUGGAGGGAUCUCAAGCUAUGCAAAUGGAACCGGAACUUCAGUGUGUCAAAGCAUUGCUGUCUCCUAGUUCCGGGAUAGUUGAUUCUCACUCAUUCAUGCUUUCUUUGGUGGGGGAAGCUGAAAUUUCUAGAACUACUUUCUCUUAUAAUACUACAGUUAUCGGUGGUCAUUUUGAAGAUAAUUGCCUCCAUCUCCACAUUUCUGAGAGCAAGGACCUUGUAAAUCAUACCAAGGAUGUUCCUUUGUUGCCUCAGCUUGUAGUGAUUCCCAAGCUUGUAAUUAAUUCGGCAGGAUUGAGUGCCCUUCCUCUUGCAAAGAGAUUUCAUGGCCUUAAGCAGGGAGUUGUUCCUCCUGCUUAUUAUGCUCGUGGAUGCUACUUCACUCUCUCUAAACCUAAGUCUCCUUUCAGCCACUUAAUUUAUCCAAUGCCAGAGGAUGGUGGUCUUGGAGUGCAUGUUACACUGGAUUUGAAUGGCUUUGUCAAGUUUGGGCCAGACGUUGAAUGGAUUGAUAAUAUAGAUGAUUUAUCAAGCUUCUUGAAUAGGUUUGAUUACUCAGUCAACUCUGAUCGUUCAGGUAGAUUCUAUCCAGAAAUCAGGAAGUAUUUUCCUAAUUUAAAAGAUGGAUCUCUGGAACCUGGAUAUUCUGGGAUUCGACCAAAGCUUUCAGGUCCAAGACAACCUCCUUGGGAUUUUGUUAUUCAGCAGGGGGAGGACAUUCAUGGUGUUCCUGGACUCAUUAAUUUGUUCGGAAUAGAGUCACCUGGCCUAACAUCCAGCUUAGCAAUUGCAGAAUACAUUGCAGCAAGGUGUUCAAGAUGACAUUUACCUCUUGGAGUUCUAUCAUGGUCAGGUCUUGCUGCUAAAUUCCAUUUAGCCCUAUGAGAAUCAUAACUAAUGGUUCAAACUAUAUGGAGUAUUUCCAUUUGGUGCCUGUCUCUUUUCCAAGAUACGCUUAAGCUUUUUUCAAGAUAUAUUUGUUCUAUAACCAUAUCUAUUUAUAGAGGGUUCAAAGGGGAGUUGAUGAGGGCACUGAGGAACCUUUGUACUAUAAAGGGCAUGGAAGAGGCAGCGCCACUUUUGUUUAUAAGUUUAUGUACAAAUCUAAACGAACCAUGAUCAAACUAUUUUCAGUUCGUUAGGAUGGAGAAUUAGCUCCAAUCAUGGCCGUAAGGCUAAUUUUGAUGGUUGGCAUGGAAAGAUUGGUAAUGUAUGGUACACUGUCUUUCACUAGGGUGGCAAAUUAGUGGCAUGGGAAGAUUGGUGUAGGUUUAAGGCAGGCUUCAAAUAUUCAGAUUACCAUUUCACAUGUCCAAAGGGCAUCCUAAAGCAUGUGUUUAUGUCAAAUCAUCUUCAUCAAAUUCUACAGCGAAAAUGUUUUGCUUCCAUUUCAGAG